GUUGUUGCUCAGCUCAAAGCUACUUGCAGCGGCCUGUCAGAGGAGCAGCUGGCAAAACUGGGCGUGGCUUUGUUCAACUGCCAAUCAGAGGUGGAGGGUCGCAGGACUUACUCUUGCACUGAAGAAAUGUCUAUUAAAGAGUGCACAGCAGACAUGGACUCGGAUACGUGGAAUGCAUAUCACAUUGUCAGUAACCGAGCGCGCUCUGUGUGUUAUGCCACGCGCCAGCAGCACUUCCGCAAGCGAGCGGAGCUAACCGUCAACGCCCUGAUCUCCACCGCAACUAGUCAACUAGAUGCUAUGAAAGACCUAAAGGAGGGUCAGAAAGAGCUGAGGGAGAUGACCGCCGCGUCACUGGACAAGCUGCUUGAGGGUCACAGCGCCCUACAGCUCCAGCAAGGGGCCCUAAGGGAAGGGCAAGAGCAGCUGGAUACCUCCAUCAGUGAAAAUCUGCAGAGACUGGCACAGGAGAAAGUUCUCAUCAGCACCGGGCAGCAACUGGUGGCUCAGUUAAUUCAGGGCAUUACACGGAGAAUGGAGAAUGUAAGUGGGCAGCUGAAGGAUCAGAGUGCAGAAGUGCAGGAAGGACAUCAGGCGAUUCUUGAUGACCUGGCUGUGGUCCGAGGAAGUGCUCAGGACAUCUAUGAAAAAAUGGAGCUCAAUCUGAACGGCUUCCUGCAGCAGCAGAACACGACGGCUCAGUUCUACUCCGAGCUCAUGAGGAAGCUGGAGCGCAUGAAUGGAACUCUGGGAUACAUGCUGCUGUAUCUGGACAAUAUGCAGAAUCGACUGGAGGACAGGCUGCAUAUGAUCCAAGGCUAUCUUGGCUGGGCAGGCUUGAGUCUGUGUGCCCUGUGGACCUGUGUGAUGCAUGCUGGUUACUUCCUGUUGUCUGCGAUGCUGCUGUCGUUCCUGCAGUGUGCCACGUUCUCCCGCGUCUCUCUGCUCCUCGUGGUCCCAAUCAAUGCAAUUGCAGAGAUCAACCAGCAGUCUGCACUCGACUUGGGCUCUCUCACUUUGUUGUUGUUCACACUUUCGAUAGGUCGCUGGUUUGUCCUGCAGAUGCUUUGGGCGUUGUCUAAAAUUAAGGGUCAGACCUGCAGUCCCGCUCCUCUCCCUAUAGGCCCUCCUAAAGAGAAGACUCCAGAAAAACAGAGCCGAUCAUCUGAGCGCUGCCAUAAGUCCUCUUCCACUCCUAUCCUGAAUGACCCAGACUGCGAUUUGGAGGUUGAGAGUUUCAUGAUGGUCACUGUCUGA